AUGACAAAUGUGUAUUUGGACGUCUCGAUAGGAGGCACAUUCAAAGGGCGGAUAGUGAUCGAGCUGUUUGACAAAGAUGCACCUUUGGCUACAAAAAACUUUAAGACUCUGUGUGCUGAAAAACAAUUACGCAACACAUACUUCCAUCGUGUGAUUAAGAAUUUCAUUAUCCAGGGAGGUGACACCACUGUCAAGGAUGGACUCACGGCUGAAAAGUACCCUAAUCUUGGAGAUAUAGGCAAAGAUGGGAAUGGCAGUUCGUGUUAUAACGGAGAGUAUUUCGAAGAUGAGAACUUAGUUGAUCUUGAUAGAAAAACUCUUGUUUGCAUGUCAAACUUUGGAAAAAAGAACCACAACAUGUCCCAGUUUUUUAUCACGCUUGAAAAGUGUCCUCACUUAAACGGAAAGCAUACAGUAUUUGGCCAAGUGAAGUACGGUAAAUCAAUAGUCCGGGAAAUUGAAAAAACUGACAUUAUUUCCAAUAAAAACUCCGACACGAAUGCAUGGCUUCCGUGCCAGAAAAUAGUGAUAACGGAUACGGGUCUCUGGGAAGAUAAUGACCCACUCCCGAAUGAAAUAGCUUGUAUUGAUACGAUAGGUGGGGACAUUUACGAAGAAUACCCAGAUGAUAAUGAGAUUGAAGGUUUAGACUUUGAAAAUGUUGAGCAGUCCUACAAGGUCACUGCCAUCAUAAAGGAAUCUGCGACAUUGCUGUUCAAAGCAAAGCGUUUGUCUGACUCGUUGAUGAAGUAUAAAAAGGCCUUGAGGUAUUGCAAUGAGUUAUUGCCCGAUGAUGAAUCUAACAAAGAAAUGUAUAUGAAGUUUCAAGAGCUGAAAAAAACGCUUUACCUCAAUAUGUCUUUGAUAGCAUUGAACAGCCAAGAUUACAACGCAUGUAUCAACUACUGCGGAUUUCUUCUACAGAUGGAAGAUGUGCAACUCACAAAUGUUCAAGCGUCUAAGAUUUUCUACAGAUUGGGGAAAUCGUAUGCCAGUAUGAAGAAGUACGAUGUUGCACUUGAGACGUUUAACAAGGGACUUAUCGUCAGUCCCGAUGAUCCUUCCAUCAAAAAGGAGUUUAAUGUUGUCAAAAAAAUAGUCGACGAUGCCAAGAAAGAAGAAAAGGCAAAGUAUGCAAAGUUCUUUAACUAA